CGGAGGGGUGCAGGGAAGGGAGCCUCCAGGAGCCUGCUUGGGCGGGAAGAGGCGCGCAGACCGCGGAGGAGAAGGAUGGGAGAGAGACCCCGCUGAGGCCAGCGGGGUACACUGGCUGGGAUCAACAUGUGUCUGCGCAUAGGUGGCCUGAAUGUGGAUGAGUUCCGGAAGUUGCUGAUGAAGACGGGCCUGGUGCUGGUAGUGCUGGGUCACGUGAGCUUCAUUGCGGCAGCCGUGCUCCAUGGCACCAUGCUGCGCUUUGUAGCCACCACCAGGGACGCCGUGGUUCUACAAUACUGUGUGGUAGACAUCCUCUCCGUCACCUCUGCCAUUGUGGUCAUCCUUGCGGGAAUUUCGGCUGUCAUCUUGUCACGCUAUCUCCCCAGCACCCCCUUGCGCUGGACCGUGUUUAGCCUGAGUGUGGCCUGUGCUCUGCUCUCUCUGACCUGUGCCCUUGGACUCCUGGCCUCCAUUGCUGUGACCUUCGCCACCAAGGGCAGGGCACUCCUGGCCCCCUGUACUUUUGAGAACACUGAACUCCCAACACUGGCACCGGACUGUCCUUUUGACCCUACUCGAAUUUACAGCUCUAGCCUGUGCCUCUGGGCCAUCUCUCUCAUAUUCUGUCUGGCGGAGAGCAUGUCUGCCGUGCGCUGCGCCCAGCUCGUGCAUCGGCUGCUGGAACUGAGGCCCUGGUGGGGGAAAAGCUGCCACCAUACGAUACAAGCAAGCCCAGAGCCCCUGGAUGGCCAUGACCUACUGAGUUGCACCAGCUGACCCCUGACACCUCAGCAGCUCCAUGGCUACUGAGGCAUGUGACCACACCUGCACUGACCAGUGCCCAGACAGCGAUGGAAGCUUAUGGAAGCUCACCAGAUCCAGGAUUCCUACAGCAAGCCCCAGAAAGAUCAAAGGGCUCCUGGGGACGUGGGAGAGGGCUUGGAACGCCCUCCCCUGGCCACCAAGACCAAUGCACUGAAACAAGACUUUAUUUUGAAGUUAUUAAAAAGAACAAAGACGCUCCGUGUGGCGCAUGCAGAGGGA